UAGCCAAGAACAGAGGUCUUGCAUUGACAACUGAACCUCUAACUAACUGGAGAAGGCUGGAGGGGAGGAAGGAACUGCAAAACUCCUGAGGCCGACAUUUGCGUGCGAGACCUUUAUAUGGCGCUGCAGUGUGUAGUGGUGGCUCUGGCCCUGACCCUUCUGGGCUCAAGCCCCAGGGAAUGUGCCCCACAACAGGGUCCGGGAACCGACGAAGAUGGCUUUGACCUGGAGAACUACGACCUGACUGGAGAGACAGACUGGGAGAACAUGGACCUCAACAGUUACGGGGACAGCUUUGACUACAACGAUGUAAACCAAGAGAUUGAGGUGGGAACUGUCGCCCCGGCAGCCCCUGCCACCCCUCCUCAUGCCACUGAGCCCCCUGAGUAUGAAGAGGGGGGAGCGCUGCCCCCCCGGCCCACCACUCCCCCGCCACCCGUCACCCUGGACUUCAGAGGACCGGGUUUGUUUGGCCCAGAGACUGGCCUGGGAAUGCCCACGUGUCUGUUGUGUGUGUGUAUCGGAGGGAGUGUGUACUGCGACGACAUUGACAUGGAACAGAUCCCUCCUCUUCCUAAAGAUACAACACAUUUCUAUGGCCGCUUCAACCGGAUCAGACAUGUCAAGAAUACUGACUUUGUCAACCUAAACAAACUGAAGCGCAUUGAUCUCACAGGGAAUCAGAUUUCUGGGAUGGAUGAAGAUGUGUUCCUACCCCUGCCCCAGCUCGAGGACCUGCUAUUGGCUGACAACAACCUGCACAUCCUCCCAGCACUGCCAGCCACCAUGAGACUCAUCGACUUCCGCAGCAACCACCUGACCUCCGCCGGCGUGCAGCAGGAAGCCUUCAAGGAUAUUAGUCAACUAGAGUUCCUGUAUCUCUCCAAUAACAAGCUAGACUACAUCCCCACGCCUCUGCCAGAAAGUCUGCGAGUGUUACACCUGCAGAACAACAACAUCCAGAGUCUGAGCGAGGACACGUUCUGUAAUCGUCACAACCGCAGCUACGUCCGGCGCCUCCUGGAGGACAUCCGGCUGGACGGGAACCCUCUGCACCUACGCUGGUGGGGCCUGGCCUACACAUGCCUGCCACGCCUCCCCAUCGGGGGGUUCUGA